AUGCUCGCAAACUCGGCAAUGGCAAACAGUCCCAGCUCGCAAACGAGCGGAUCUGUAUCGAUCAAGGAGCGGGUCGCCUCUGUCAUAAAAACCUUCCAAGAUCAGGUCAUAAACGAGACAAUCAGUGAUGACGAAGUGGACGACGUACACACGCUGCUUAAAGCAUGUUGUUCGUUCAUCCUGAGGUACACCAACUCCCGACGUUCCGUCAACCGGCUCCCUCCCGAAAUCCUCCGCCUAGUUUUCCUCCAAUACGUCCAGACCACAGACGUUGCGAGCCUCGCGUCAGGCAAAGUCAAAGACGUUGGCUGGCCACACACCCAUCUUCGUAUCGGCGACGUCCUGUUGCUCACCCAUGUCUGCAAGCGCUGGCGCGAGGUUGCUCACGAUCUACCCGGCCUUUGGACCUCGAUCAGGGACGCACACGCGAGAGAGACGAGGGACAUUCUGAGCCGUGCAAAUGGCUUACCGCUGAAGGUCCUCGUCUCCGCUGGGAAACGGUCAGACUGGUUCUGGGACAUCUGCAUGGAAUACGGAGCGUCGAUCCAGGAGCUGCAUUGGGUCUCGGCGAAGAACCACGGUGGGGACCUCACCUCCAUUCCCGCGCUGGACAUCAAGGCGUCCAACGUAGUGCGCCUCUCGUUGAGCAGAGGUGCGAGCGACCAGGCAAGAUAUCGUAGCGCCUCAAUUCUCAGAGGAGCUACCGCCAACGUGAAGGUCCUCUCGCUCAACGGCAUCAACUGGUUCCCUUCCAACCGCUUUCAGGCGCUGACCCACCUCGUUCUCUCGGGCUCUAUGCCGUUGAACGAUCUUCUCGCCUUCAUGCCACGUUGUCCCACCCUUCAAACUCUCGUGCUUCGAAGUGGUGUCGCCCUGUCGAAUCUGGAUGCACCCGUCGGUGCCAACCACGUACGACACCCCCAGUUGCGGAGAUUAUCGGUAGACUUGGACCCCUGCCGGUCCCUACCUACGUUGCUGGCCCGUCUCGACUUCAAUCGCCCCGCCGCCGCCGUCGACAUCGUUAUGAGCACGCUCAAGGUGCAGGCUGCACCACCUUUCAGCCGAGUGGACAUCCCCGACUGCUACACCGACCGACUCUUCCCCCCCUCCGACCACAUCGACAAACCGCUCACACGUCUAUACCUCACGCAGUCGUCGAAGAACCGCAAAUGGAGCUCCCUCGUGGCCCUGAGCGACACGGCCGGGAUCCGCUUCAAGAGCGUCGUCCCACUUGCGUUCGACCACGCAAUGAUCCUCUCGCACAACAUCGCGCUCAGCCAGGUCACCGAGAUCUGGCUCGAGGCGAUCGACGAGGCUAUGUUCCAGCUGUUCGUCGCGCUCCGCCAGGAGAUGCCCGCGUUGCAGACGCUGAACCUCGUGCACCCCGAGCGCGUCGACGCCGUACACAUGACCAUGACGAUGUUCGUGCAGACGCUGCGUAUGCCGCGCAUGCCCCACCAAAGGUCGCCGCCGCCGCCGGUGCCCACACUUCGCGUCGUGCUUGGGGGCGCGGCGUCCAUCGACCGCGACGAAGGGACGUUCGAGGUGCUCCGCGAGCUGACCGGGUUCAGCCUGUUCAGGGAGAAGAAGAACCGGCUGAUCCUGCGGGCGACGGAGUUUCCGCCGGAGUUCUACCAGGAGGUGCUGCCUGCGCUCAGCGAGAACUGGGAGUCCGUGGUGACAGAGGUGGGUUCUGUUGGGGAAGUGGCAAUGGUCGUUCCGUCUGUUGUCGGGGCAGAUCCUGUUUUCUCGUCCUGGGAAGGGUGGUUCUGA